CCCAUGUUUUCAUCGCGUUUGGGGAAGCCGUGUGUGUUUAGUUAGCGGAUUUCAAGCACAGCGCACUUGGAAACACACCGACCGGUCAAUGAUGGCGUCUGACUCUCCACGCAGACCGAGCCGCUGUGCUGGAGGGGUUAUAGUUCGAGCCCAGGCUGCUACGGAACAGUCUUACAUGGAAAGUGUAGUGACUUUUUUGCAAGAUGUGGUCCCUCAGGCGUACACUGGGACACCGCCAACAGAUGAAAAAGAAAAGAUCAUUUGGGUUCGGUUUGAAAAAGCAGACAUCAAUGAUGUGGCCCGCUCACCAGAGUUCCUGGAGAUGCAUGGCAGUGGUGUGGACCCACCUCUUUGUCUGCUGAUUGGCUAUGCAGACGGAAUGCAAAUCUGGAGUGUAUCACUGACCGGCGAAGCUCAGGAGCUCUUCUCUGUGCGGCACGGUCCAGUGCGAGCUGCUCGUAUCCUCCCAGCCCCUCACAUCAGUUCCCUCAACGCCGACGGCUUUGCAGAGAAGCGGCCUCUCCUCGGCGUUUGCAAGAGCACGGGCUCCUCGGGGACCAGCCCUCCAUACUGCUGUGUAGACCUGUAUUCUAUAAGGACAGGCGAGAUGGUUAAGUCAAUUCAGUUUAAAACGCCCAUUUAUGAUCUACACUGCAACAAAAGGAUCCUUGUCGUCAGUCUUCAAGAAAAGAUUGCCGCCUUUGACAGCUGCACUUUUACGAAAAAAUUCUUUGUCACAAGCUGCUAUCCUUGUCCUGGUCCCAACCUCAACCCCAUAGCAUUAGGAAGCCGGUGGUUGGCCUACGCGGAGAACAAGUUGAUCCGGUGUCAUCAGUCCCGUGGCGGGGCGUGUGGCGAUAACUCCCAGUCCUACACUGCCACUGUCAUCAGUGCUGCAAAAACACUAAAGACAGGGCUGACUAUGGUGGGUAAAGUAGUCACCCAGCUUACAGGCACACUGCCCUCCGGAGCACCUGAUGAAGAGGGCGCGGCUCACAGCAGCACCCGCCGUAGCCCUCACCAACCCGGCGUGGUUACGGUCAUAGAUACACACACUGUGGGAGAAGGACAGGUACUUGUGAGUGAAGACUCUGAUGGAGAGGGCGUGGUCGCUCAUUUUCCAGCUCAUGAUAAACCUAUAUCCUGUAUGGCAUUCAACCCGAGUGGUAUGUUGUUGGUGACUGCUGACGCAUUAGGGCAUGAUUUUCACGUGUUUCAAAUCCUCACUCACCCGUGGGCGUCGUCGCAGAGUGCAGUCCAUCACCUGUACACUCUGCACAGAGGAGAAACUGAGGCGAAGGUGCAGGACAUCUGCUUCAGUCCUGACUGCCGUUGGGUGGUGGUCAGCACGCUGCGUGGCACCUCGCACGUCUUCCCGAUUAACCCGUAUGGUGGUGCACCAUGUGCCCGCACUCACCUGUCCCCACGUGUAGUGAACCGUGUGAGCCGCUUUCAGAAGAGUGCCGGCCUCGAGGAGAUUGAGCAGGAGCUGAACAGUAAGCAGGGCGGCCGCUGCAGCCCCAUCGCCGGCCUCUCCAGCAGCCCAUCCGGCUCCCCUCUACACGCCAAACUCACCAACCAAGAGUCCUAUAACAACUUCACCAACAACAACAUGGGGAAUCCACGGCUGUCUCCUUUGCCAAGCCUGACGGUGGUGCUGCCGCUGGCUCAGAUUAAACAGCCCAUGACUCUGGGCACCAUCACCAAGCGCACAGGACCCUACCUCUUUGGGGCAGGAUGUUUUUCCAUUAAAACUCCAUGUAAAGCCAAGCCACCACCCCAGAUCUCUCCGAGCAAGUCUAUUGGAGGGGAGUUCUGUGUAGCUGCCGUGUUUGCAUCUUCACGCUCUUGGUUCAUCACCAACCCUAACAUGAAGCGAGAAAAAGAUCAGUCUCGCCAGGCCGUGGUCGACUCUCUGUACAUCGCAAGCUGCUACGGUAACCUGGUCGAGCAUGUGCUGGAGCCUCGGCCUAUCAGCACAGCACAGAAGAUAGGCGAUGAUACGCCUCUGGAGUUAAACACCUGCCCCAGGGCAUGCUGGACUCUGGCCAGAACGCCGCAGUGGAAUGAGCUGCAACCUCCUUUCAGCAGCAGCCACCCCUUGGUGCAGGCCUCAGACUUGGUGCAGUACUAUCAGUACCUCCUGGCUGGCUUGUUGCCUCCAGGAAGCCCGGGGCCCAUCACCAGGCAGGGUUCCUAUGACAGCCUGGCCUCAGACCACAGCAGCCAGGAGGAUGAGGAGUGGCUCUCUCAGGUGGAGAUAGUGACCCAUACUGGCCCUCACAGGAGGUUGUGGAUGGGUCCUCAGUUCCAGUUUAAGACCAUUCACCCAUCAGGCCAGACCACGGUCAUCUCCUCUAGCUCGUCUGUGCUGCAGUCCCAGGGGCCAAGUGAUACCCAGCAGCCCCUGCUCGACUUUGAUACCGAUGACCUGGAACUGCACAGCCUCAGGAUCCAGCCUGUGCGCUCUGAGCCUAUGACCAUGCCCGGCUCUUCUUGUCUGAUUCCAGAGCGAGUAGGUCAGGCGACAGUCAUCGAUACCGGCUCAGGCACAUUUGACCACAGUGUGACCCUGCUGGAGGUGUGUGGCAGCUGGCCUGAGAGUUUUGGCUUGCGUCACAUGUCCUCUGCGGAUGCCACAGACGAGGGCUUGAGGGAGAGGCUUGCUGAAGCCAUGUCUGAGUCACCCAGCAGAGAUAUCGUAGGCUCUGGAACAGCGGAACUGCAGAGAGAAGGCAGCAUUGAGACGCUGAGUAACAGCUCAGGCUCGACAAGUGGCAGCAUUCCUCGUAACUUUGAAGGUUACCGCUCUCCUCUGCCCACCAACGAGAGCCAGCCGCUCAGCCUUUACCCCACAGCUUUCCCCUAGAGCACUUUCCGUCCCAUCACAGCGAAGUGCUUCCCUUCCUCUGUCCGGAUGGAUGUUGUGGUGUGCAGUGUUGGCUUCACCUUCCGCCCAACCGUCAAGUGAAGAGCAGUGAAAAUCUUUUCACAUCAGGGUGGAAAUGGAGAUGAGACCUGCAUGCAGGCUUUCAGUCAAUGGGACACUUGAUUCUUACUUGUGUAACAAACAAAUGUCUUGUGGGGGGUUGGGGGGGAGGGGAAAGUUUGGCUCCAGCUCCGACAAGUGAUUCAUCUUGUGUAAAGUCUGCCACAGCUGCCAUUUUGUCCCUCUCUCAAAUACAAGAUGUUGAAUAGUUUGAAAAAUUUCUCGUGUGCAGUCGAGACAUUUUCAUCCCAGUAUAUCAUGGGGCAUUGGUGUGUGUUCAUGCCGUAACUUCAUGUAUGUGUUUAUUAUUCAACAUGUUCUUUGUGUCUUGAUUCCUUUUCAGUCAAAAGUUUGGACAUUUCAGUUUGAAUUUGUGUUUUCUUUGGCUUAAUAUGUGUUUUCAAUAAAGACUUCUCAUUGAAAUUUAUUUCUAUGGGAAAUUUAAAUACUGAUGUUAAUGCCAAAUGUACUUCUGAAUCAAGAGAUCAUUUUAACAAGUAAGUACUGUUUUUAUGUUUUUUAAUUCAAUACAGUAUUUUCCCCUAAAAACGUAUUUUCCAUGUCGAAUAAAUACUCAGCCUUUUGGGAAAUUUGUAGAAAAGCCUCGUGGGUGUAGCUCGUUCAGGAAGAUCCCAGGAGUGGGCAAAGCUUCGUCAGAGAUACAGAAUUUCAAAUGUAAAAAAUAGUGGUAUAUUUGAACACUUUUCCUGCUCGCUGUAUAAUUCCAAACAAGUUAAAUUUCUUUGUUUUACUAUCUGCAUUACAUUAUCUAUAGUAGAAAAUAGUAAACCCGAGGAAACGGUAUGUCCAAGCGUUUGACUGCUAGUGUACAUUUCAGAGGGAGAUCAAGGCACACUGCGUUUUAAUGCAAACUUUAUUCGACUUGUUGCUAAAUCUUGAUUUUGCCUUUGUAUUAAGUAUAAUUAUGCUAUUUACAUUAAAUGUCAUUUUACAAUCAUACAAAACCAUACAAACAUUACAUUUAUCACAUAAGACAUAAAAUAUUUUCAGUCUAUUUUAGUAUUUUAUAUAAUUACUUGAGAGGAAAUAUAACUAAACUGUUUUUUUCUUCCGAGAUUAUUAUUAUUAUUAUUAUUAGUGGUUGCAAAUGUAGACUAAACUGCUAGUUAUAUUAUAAUGUUACAUAUAAUUUCUCUGUAUAUUUGAUUCUCUGUUCCAUUAUGUCCAUGAAUGAUUUUUUUUUUGGGUGGGGGGUGUCUUUUGGACUAAAUUCAUCUAAAAUGUUGGUGUGUGUGAUGGAUGUCCUGUGUUUGCCUUUUUAAUGUAUUGAUUACUGCAGGGUUAAUUAUUUCCUAGUAAAUGAGCCACUUAGUGUUGAUUUCCUUUUAUAAAUGUUUAGGAUAUGCCUUGUGAAACAUUUUUACUCAGCAUCUCUUUAGGUGUGGGAGGUCUGUGUGUAAUGUCAUGUUUAGAGGGAGUUAAUAAUGACGUAGCAAAUCUUUAUCUCUCUGAACAAACAUACACAUGCACACACUCUUAUCAGACUUUUCUAAAGGAGCUGUUCUCUUGAACUGGAUUAGACAGGACAUAACAUGACAGGACAUAAAUAAAGAUAUCCGGUGAUAUCGAUGAAGGUUUUGCUGUAAUAGCUUUCAGCUCAGCUUGCGGUGUAAUGAAAGCUGUUAUGGUUGGACUGGACAGCGUCGUGCAUGCAGCAGCACUGAGGUGCAUGUGAUGUGAAGGGAUUGCUGGCCUCACUUGCUGAAUGAUUUACAAAGGUCAAUAUUGGCAUGACUGUAUUGCCAUGAAUGCACUGCACAUGCUUUUUGUGAACUGUAAUAUGCUUUUGAAUGACACUGAUUUAAUCCUGUUGAAUAUAAAUCCUUGCAAUUGAAA